GUAAAUACUAUCGCCCUUUUGACGUUCCACCAAACUGUCACGUCGAAGAAAGAAAGCCCUUCGUAGGUGAAAAUGUUCGCAGAAGUAGAUGUUUUCAUCAGUAAUUACACUUUGGUCGAUCCGGAAAUCUACCAACUAUGGAUCGAAGGCUACUCCUCUACCGAAGCGGUGACCUUAUUGAAACAAAAGGGCAACCUGAUGGCAGGCAUUCCACUGGACCUGAUCACUUCAGAUGUCCUUGAUCACUAUCGUACCUACUCGCUGUUGGAACGUCUACUGCACACUCCAUCGAAGCUCUCGGAGCAACCAACAUUCCAGCUGGAGCCGCAGAUUCGUUCCUUGCUGAUAGAGAAAUACUACUCGCUGGAUGACUCCGUGGCGCGGGAACUGUUCGGCAAGAAACUCAACGCCCGUAACCGCAAGGACCUUGACGAGGUUGCGGAGAAGACGGGCGUACGGUUGAAGUCCUGUCGCCGACAGUUCGACAAUGUGAAGCGUAUCUUUAAAGCCGUCGAAGAGAUGCCGGGAAAUACGGCCAUCAACAUCAAACAGCAGUUCAUACUGUCGGACGAGUUGGCCCAGAAGUAUGCCGCGGUGGUGUUCAUUGCGUGUUUGCGCUUCGAGACGACGAAGCGCAAGCUGCAGUAUCUUAAUUUUAAGGAUUUUUACGAGUGUUCACAAGCAAUCAUGACAAAUUGGACCUACACCUAUCAACAUGCCGGACCGGAGUAUUAUGAUACCGAAAUGGAUAAAGAGUUUCUUUUAGACUUGAGAGAAAUACGAUACCUUCUGGACAAGGAGAAGGAAAUAAAAUGUCUUGUAACGAUCCGCUUGAAACCGACCAUGCUGGACCGGACCUACCAGGAAAUGGACACCAGUUUCCGAUCCUAUUGGCGCUCAAUCAUCACCAUCGCAACCAGCCUGCAUCGGACGCGUGAAAUGCGGCAGCUGUUUCUGGAGCUUACCGAACGCCUCAUCGAACCGUGGAAGAUGAAUAACUGGCCCAAGGAUCAAGUCGCACAGUUUAUGCAGUGUCUCACGCAGAGUGUCCUGGAUCUGGAGGUGCCCCGCGACAAUCAGGACAUUCGCUGCCUGUGGGAUCGCUACAUGCAGGUCGUAACCAUUUGCUUGAUGAAGAUGUAUCACAACUGAGGGUGGACCGGCAACAGAGACUUAACAUAAAACACAUUCUUCCGAUUGCAUACAUAUAUUGGCCACGAAAUUGAUUUAAUGAAUCCAGAGUUGAGAAGAAAAAAAAACGACGUCGAUAUCGUCCUAUGAGUACACAA